GACGCGUUCUCCCCACCGCUUGCUGCUAAACGCCUCGCGCUUGUUCUUCCCCUCUGGUCUGCUCCAUCUCUCACUCACAGCCCGUCUCGCGACUCGACCUGAGCAGGGCAGAGCCGACGCCAAGAUGAGCAGCUUGAAGGCGAAGCGCAUGAACGCGCUUGCGGCUCUCAAGGCGAAGCGAGAAGGGGGCACCGGAGCGGGUGUCGUCAAAUACGCAAAGGGCGAAUCGGACUCAGAUGAUGACCUCUACGAUGAGGUGUCAGAGGACGAAUACAAGUCGAUCGUCCGGGGCAGGAUGAUGAACGACGACUUCAUUGAAGACGACGAUGGAUCCGGCUACGUCGACGACGGACGCGACGAGUGGGACAAUCGAGGCAGACAACACGGCGAGGACGACGACGAAGAGGACAGCGAAGAUGCAGAAGAAUACUAUGCUAGGACAGGGCGCAAGAAGAGCAAGAGAAAGACGGGCACAGACAAGAAGAAGAGGGCGACUGCGCUUGCCGACGCGUUUGGCAAGCAGCAGAAGGCCAGGCCAAGAGCCGCAGGAGGUGCAUCAGCAAUGGCACCCAGCAACGCGGCAAACGCGCUGGACGCCUAUCGGCCCGCCGUCAAUCGCGAGAAAGAGGACGACUUCAUGCGACGGCUCAUGGGUGGACUUGAACCUGGCGAGGUGGCCGAAAGCCCGUCGCCGGCGACACGCGUCGGUCGAGGUAUGCUGAGCAGCAGCAGCAGCAACAACAACUCACGCAAACGCAAGACAGACGAGUUUCCUCCCUCCCUCACGUCGUUCCGGCAGCACCACGCACCAUCGAGCCCAUCGACCGGUCCACCCAGCAGCGACCCUCUCGAUCCCUCCUCAUCCGACGAUGUUGGCAAUAGAGUCCACGUCCGGGGAGGAGACACGCCGCCCUGGGCCCUGGUCGGCGAUGAGGAAGACCACCUCAACCACAAGCGCUUCAAAGCUGAAAAGGGUCUUCCAAAGCGAAUUGACAGCAUGGACAUCACUGAGACAUCCGACUUGCUUUCCCGUCGCUCGACAUCUGUUAUUGACCCCUCCCUCGAGCUGUUGGCUGGAGGCGAAGACGACGACGACGAGGAUGACGACGACGGAUUCUCUGUACGUGCGCCGGAGAAGAACGCCCACCUCGUCAGUACCACUAGUGUUCGCGCGACAAAGGCCACAAAGGCUGCCUCGCCUGCCAAACCAACAGUCGUUGUCAAGCAAGAGCAGGUUGAAGAAGAUCUGCCAAUGCCCGAGAUGGUGGCUCAGGUUGAAGCCCCAGAGCAAAAGGCUACUCCAGACCUCAAGAAGAGCUGGCAGUCCAUCGGCGCAGGCCUGGCCAACGUCAACGACAUACCGUCUCCCUCGACAUCGACAUCGGCAUCGAAUGCAGCCUCAUCGAAGAUUAAGCCAUUCGAAGAAGACGGCAGAAAGCUGAGGUUCUUUUGGACCGACUACACCGAGCAGCAGGGAAUCAUCUACCUCAUAGGCAAGGUCAAGGACCAUGCAACAGAUCGCUACGUCAGCGCCUGUCUCCAGGUCGAAGGAGUGGAACGCUGCGUCUACCUACUUCCUCGAGAGGGCUUUGGUGAGGAAGAGGUGUACGACGACUUUGACGCAAUGACGUCCAAGCACGGCAUCAAGUCUUUCCUCGCAAAGUGGGUGCCACGCAAGUAUGCUUUUGAGAUUCCUGGCGUGCCUGCCGAGGGCAACUAUCUCAAGGUCAAGUACGGCUUCGACGAGCCGCAGCUGCCCAUCGAUGUGCAGGGCCGCACCUUCUCCCGGGCCUUUGGCACCAAUACGAGUGCCUUUGAGCUUUUUGUCGUCAAGCGCAACAUCAUGGGUCCCUGCUGGCUCGAUGUCGAAUGUGCCUCGCUUCGUCCAGCCUCGGAAACGCCGCUGAGCUGGUGCAAGGUCGAGCUCACGGUCGAUGACGCCAAAUUUGUCAAGCCAUUUGCCGACACGGACCAAGAUGCGCCUCGCGACACGCCUCCGUUGACGGUCAUGAGCCUCUCGGUGCGGACAAUUAUCAACCACAAGGAGAACAAGCGCGAAAUCGUCGCCUGCGCCGCAAGGACGUGGAAGGAUACGCAAUUGGAAGAGGCCACGCCCCCCGAGAAUGUUCGAAGCGAUCUCUUUUCCGUCGUCCGACCAUUGGGAAACAUGUUCCCGCCCGGUUUCGAGCGAGAAGCGAGGGCGGCCAAGCCGACCAAGGUCCUCACCGUCAAGUACGAGCGGAUGCUCCUCAACGCCCUCUUGGCCCACGUGCAGCAGCAGGAUCCCGAUGUCAUUGUGGGACACGAAUUUGCCGGCGUCACCCUCGACGUCCUCCUGCAUCGCAUAAAGGAGCUUCGUGUCGACCAUUGGUCGCGACUGGGCAGGUUGCGUCGGCAAAAGUGGCCUCCGCUUCGCCAGGGAUUCAAUCUCAGGCUCGUCUCUGGCCGACUCAUCUGCGACUUGGCCAGUGACACAGCCAAGGGCAUGAUUCCCUCGACGACGUGGUCGCUCACAGAGAUGGUCGGCACCCAUCUCAAGGCACAGAGGGAGGACAUCGACCCGGACGACACCGCAGCCUUUUUCGACCACCUAGCUCCAAACGGGGAGCGUCUGAUGAGUUUCGUCCGUCAUAAUGAGGUCGACGCCUUCUUCCAGAUGGCUCUUGCCUCGAAAGUGCAGAUCCUCGCCCUGACCAAGCAGCUGACAAACCUCGCGGGCAAUUCGUGGGCUCGGACUCUCAAUGGUGGUCGUGCGGAGCGUAACGAAUAUAUCUUGCUUCACGAUUUCCACCGUCAAAAGUUCAUCUGUCCCGACAAGCUCAACAAGUCAGAGAGACAGCAGCUGCUCGCCACGCUUGCGGCAACUAGCUCAAAGAAGCGCCAGCAGCGUAAUGACGAUGACGACGACGAUGACGGAGACCACGAAGACGAUCACGACGAAGACGGCGCCACGGGCGGCGGGGGCGGAAAAUCGUCAAAGAAGGACAAGUUCAAGGGCGGUCUUGUAUUUGAGCCCAAGCGUGGCUUGUGGGACAAGUACAUUCUCGUCAUGGACUUCAACUCACUUUAUCCCUCCAUCAUCCAAGAGUUCAACAUUGACUUCACCACCGUGGACCGUUCGGUACACCUCGAAGGCGGCUCGUCGGGCUCGCAAGACGUUCCAGAGGUGCCCUCCUCGGAUGUCAAGCAGGGUGUGCUGCCUCGACUGAUUUCAACGCUGGUGCAGAGGAGAAGACAGGUCAAGAGCCUGAUGAAGGACCGAAACGCACCACCCUCGAAGCAUCUCCAGUGGGACAUCAAGCAGCUCGCCCUGAAGCUGACUGCGAACAGCAUGUACGGCUGUCUAGGCUUUGAAGGUUCGCGCUUUUAUGCCCGGCCGCUCGCCGCUCUGACGACAUUCAAAGGUCGAGAGAUUCUGACGGCGACAAAAGAGCUUGCAGAGAGCCUCUCACUCGAUGUUGUCUAUGGUGACACUGACUCGGUCAUGAUCAACACCCAUGCCACUGAUCUGAUGGAGGCCAUGCGCAUCGGUCAGGAGUUCAAGAGGGCCGUCAACGAGCGCUACCGUCUGCUUGAGAUCGACAUUGAUGCGGUCUUUGCUCGCAUGCUCUUACUGCAGAAGAAGAAAUACGCCGCCCUCAAGGUCGACAUCGAUGCCGGCGACCAAGCUCGCUUCUCGACGGAGAUCAAGGGUCUGGACAUGAAGAGACGCGAGUACUGCGCUUUGUCCAAGAAUGUCUCCGAAUAUGUCCUCUCGCAGAUCCUCUCUGGCGAGGCCACCGACACUGUCGUCGAACGCAUCCACGAGUACCUGGCAGAUAUGUCGGAACAGGUCCGAGGAAGCAAAAUCAACCUCGACGAUUUCAUUGUGUACAAGCGGCUGUCCAAGAAGGUGUCCGAGUACGCAGAGUCGGCAGCCAAAUCGUUGCCCCACGUGCAGGUGGCGAAGCGCAUGGCUGAUCGUGGCGUCACUGUCCGAAUGGGCGACGUGAUCCCUUAUGUCUUCUGCCUGGGUGACGACGGCAGCAGCGCGUCCAAGACGGCCCAGGCCGACCGGGCGUAUCACCCCGAUGAGGUCCGCAAGGCUGGCUCCACGCUGCGUGUCGACUUUGAGCAUUACUUGGCCCUACAGGUGCUGCCACCCAUUGAGCGCCUCUGCGACUCUAUUCAGGGAACUGACCGGGCACGACUCGCGGAGCAAUUGGGCCUCGAAGCGUCGCGCUAUGCCUCGGUCUCUUCAGCCAAUGGAUCCGGAUCAUCGUCGCGCGACAUGAUUACAACGCUCGACAGUCAGACACCUGACGAGGUUCGCUUUGCUCAGUGCGAGGCUGUGCCACUGCUCUGUGGCUCAUGCGGUCAAACCAGCGAAUUCGCAGGGCUGCCUGGGCUGAUGCGGGGCGAAGAGGCUGCGCUCAAGAUGCUGCCCCUAUCCUCUUCGGGCCUUUGCUGCCCGCACUGCGAGACGCACUUUGGCAUGGUUAAUGCCGUCAUGCAGGUCGAAGCGCGGGUACGUGAACAUAUUGCACGAUACUACCAGGCAGUCACGGUCUGCACCGAGCCAGCAUGCGGCACAGAGACGAGGGUCGUGGGUGUCUAUGCGCGACGAUGCCUCAUGCCCGGGUGCACGGGCAAGACGGUGCCAAAGUACUCGGACAAGGCUCUCUAUGACCAGCUCUGCUACUUUGAGUCGCUCGUCGACCGCAAGAGGGCCCUCGAACGCGCGACGGGGUCCGCGCGAUACGACGAUGUGGCAGCUCGCUGUGUCGUCGCAGAGAGCAACACGGCUCGGACGCUUGAUGCCAUCAGGAACGCUGUUGCUCGUUAUUCUCAGAGGUCGGGAAGGCGAUACGUCGGCCUCGAUUCGCUCUUUGGUUGGAUGAAAGUCGAAACCUAAGUCUUACUCUCUGUUCCUCUUCCCAUCUUGACACGCUCCGCAAUACAAUCAUCAAUACCUCC